AUGCUCCUCGACAAUACCUCCAGCAAACGCGCAAGCGGCAAUCUCAGUCCGCGCAAAUUGCAACUCCUGCAUCACACCACACACACUAUUCGCCACCUCUCUUCCCCCGCACGCCCAGCUCGAGCUCAUCUACGCAACCCAUCAAGCAUUCACGCUUCAUCAUUCCAUCACCACCAACAAGCCUUUGCUUUUGCUCCUGCUUCCGCCGCAGCAGGAGCACCGACAGCGGCAUCGACAGCGGCAGCGGCAGCCAGCAGACGAAGAAGUCUGCGCAAAAUCACCGGCGUGCAAUCCCGACGCGCUUAUUUUAACGAGAGCAUUUCAAAUCCGAAUGCGAAUUCAACAAAAUCAAAUGGGCAUUUGGAUGAGCAGCAGGACGCGACGUGCACCCGCGCGUCUGCUCCACGCGUCUUGCCAUCAGCAGCAGCAGCAGCGACGAGCGGCGAGGGCGAUGGCGAUGGCGAGAGCGAUGGCGAUGGCGGCUUGCGAUUGGACUCGCAAGCGCAAUCACUACUGCUGCCAGCUCUUGCUGAUGCGCAUGCCCACAAGCCACUUCGACCACUCAUCCUCCUCGCCCAACCCACUGCUGUCAACGAUUACGCCUUGCUGCCCUCGACGAAAAAGGCGACGGCAUUUGAAGCGCAUCCGAUCUGGUCGGAUCUCACCGCUGCUGCCACGUCGACUCGAAGCGUAGAGAAGGCAACACAAUUGCUGGACUCGACGGGUCACUCGACUACAAGACUCGAAACCGCGCAGCUCGUCAAAGGCAGUCCCGCACUUCCCAGCUUGCCAACAUUCACCGUACCUACUCUUUCCGACUUUCGCCUCGGUCCAAAUAGUCGAAAGGCUAUUGAUCGUGCCGGCCUUUCAUCCGGCAAAGCAGGACUCAUCUCUUCGACCAGACGCGCCGUCUCCACUUCCCACACCCCCAUCUCCCCCUCCUCCUUCUCCUCGUCGUCUACAUCAGCUGCGAACAAGUUCACUUUACACGCGCCUCCGAAUCAGCCUCGCAGAGCAAGCGCACCACAAAUAUCGGUCCCUAUAGCCCCACAAGGUUGCAGCUUCAUUGUACCUGAAGACUUUUUCUCCGCUAGACCUAAAGAGGAGGAGCGCGAUAUUUGGAUCGAGAGACGUUCUGAUAAGGACAUCUUGCCGCCGGCUAGGCAGAUUGACUGUGCUGAGCCUGUUGGGAAAGAUCGCAGAGGAGAGGUUGAUCAAGAAGCCGAAGCCCCGAAGAGAUCGGGAGCGGCUCUUCGGACAUCGAUUGACAGGACUGCGGGAGCGGAGCGCAAAAAGACCACCAUUCGUGGUCGAUACAGAGGCCGACUUUGCUAA